AUGGGCUGUAUCUGCUCAGUUCAUAUGUCAAGAUUAACAAAAAAAACCUUUUUUGUUAAGGAUGCACCAUCAUUAAGUAUCUAUGGGAGUUCGUUCGAUAGUGCAAAAUCUGAUUAUGAAGUUGAGCUUGUUGAAAAACUAUUUGAAGCAGCAAACGACUUGACAUUAAAAAAUGGUAGUAAUGGUGACAAUGAUUCAUUAUGUUCAUCUAUAUGUAGUAGCACAAUUCGUGGUCAAAAUUCAACAGUAGACAUGAUUCCCUCAUUUCCAGGUGCUGAUGCACUCGAUUAA